AGUGUCCUUGUAACCCUUAUGACCGUGACUCGCAGUCACACGCAGUAUAACCUGUGACUAUUUGCGUGCACAUGGUGGCCCAGCUGCAUCUCUCGUGUCCGCACUUUUCCCUGACUAGCCUAUAGCGAGAGAUUUGUUAAGGAUUUCGAGGGGCGUGCGGAUGCAGUCGUCCUAUGUUGCAGGCAAAUGUUCACGGUGCUAAUUACACGUCACACUCCGCAUAUAAAACGGUGAGGAUGUGAACGGUCGCCUACGCACUGCGCAUGACGAGGACGAGUUGCGUCUUGCAUAUAUAAAAUUCAUUCGGCCAAUUAGCCGAAUAUUAAUUUAAUGAAUCGGUAAUUGGGAGGGGAGGUCACACAAUAUCCAAAGGUUAUUUUCUUUACACUCGCAACGGUAAUUUUAUACGAGGUGUGCCAAAUUUUCUUCCACGCUUAUGGUUACGUUCGUAUUAUCUUGCAGUGUAUUAUCAGCUUACAAAUAUAGUAUAGAAAAUCGUUAACAAAUAUGAUGGUAAGAAGGUACAGAAAGCUGAAAUCUGCGAGCGAAGCAGAGAUUCUGCGAUCGUAUCAGAGAGACGAUGAUUUUAUUAAAACCCUGCGAGAAAAAGUCAUCGAUCUUUUACAAAUCGUGGGAAGGCGAACGGGCACCUUGCCUUUCAUACAGUCCGAUGUGCCAUUUAAAUUACUUUAUUUCUUCUUCACGUCCGGAAUGGGAAAUCAAACAUUAGGCGAGGAAUAUACAGGAAUCGUACAGGCUGACUUUGAAGCCCGUAAAGUUCCAUCGUUGUUUGCGAGAGUAGUGUCGGUAAUUUUAGAAUGCUUCGGAGAAAAGGUAUUAUUGAAAAUAUUAAGAAAAUUACAGUCAAAAAUUAAUCAUCCUCAUAGCGCACUGACCCCUGAAGCUGUUACAUUUUUAAACGCAUUUAUAGCGAGGUUAUCUAACAUGAUCCCGGUUUUUAUACUAAUUCAUAAAGGAGUCUUUUAUAUGUCUGGUCGAUAUUACAGCCUGGGAAAAAGAUUAACAGGAAUCGAUUAUGCUAAGGUGUACGGACGUCGUCCAACCGAUAGCGUCAGUUGGGGAUUAAGAUUACUGGGACUUGCUACAUUGGCGCAAUGCGUGCUGAAAAUCUGGCAGAACAACGACAAUGGAAAUUACAUCGAGAAGCAUGUUGUAAUCGACGAAAACAGCAAAACUUGUCAAUUAUGCCUGGAGAAAGUACCAACAACCGCUACACCCUGUGGUCAUUUGUUUUGUUGGUAUUGCAUUGCGGACUGGUUGAGUUCCAAGUCACAAUGCCCGAUGUGCAGAGAACAUGUUAAAUUGUCCAGAAUCGUACAUGUGUUGAAUUUGUGACUUUCCAGGAAUUCGGUAGCUUCCUUCUCUUUUUUCUUUUUUUAUUGAAAUAAUUAGCAAAUCAAGGGUGAAAUGAUCUACUAGAAUUAUUUUCGUACACUGUAACAUUCUUAUAAUUCUCCUUAAAACUCUAACUACUACGCAUCUGUGCUAGCAUUAAUUUCAUACAGACGGCAGUAAAAAGUAUACAUAUACGUACGUGUGAUAAAUAUAAAGUGAAAACAAGUGAA